AUGAAAGGAACCCGCAUAAAUCUGGUCCAAAAGAGCGCCCUGGUACUUUUGACGCUUGGAACGACGAUUGUCCAAUUAUCUUCAAUCUCUUCGCCAAACAAUGGCGAACACGAGGGAAAUGGCAUUUUGGGGCUUUUAGCCGUAAUUUUAGCAACAAUUUCAUCCGGGUUUGCCGGAAUCUUCUUCGAAUGCUCGCUUCAUUCCAAAAACUCACAAGAAGAGAAGGACGACGAGCUUCCGAUCAUUUGGCUAUUAAACAUCUACCUGGCAGUGUCUGGGAUGUUUUUUUCUGCAGUUUUGAUGUUAAUCUUUGACGGACCCAUAUUGCGGGAGAAGGGUCUUUUCCACGGCUAUAACGUGUUUACUUUCCUCCUUGCCGUUCUAAUGGCACUCUGUGGAUUUAUAAUCGCGUACAUUGUCAAAUAUGCAGACUCAAUUAUUAAGGGCUUUGCCUCUGCACUUUGUAUCGUCACAUCUGGAAUCAUCAUGGACUCCCUCUCGCCAAAUCCAGGAAAUUCAUUGACCCUCGACAAACUUCUUGGCGGUUCAAUGGUCGUUUCCUCAAUUUUAAUGUACAGUUAUCCCCUUCGAGUGGAGAAAUUCUUCGCUUUGUCCGUAAAUCCGAUUUUGAGUUUGUAUCACCAGGCCUUUAAUACAAGCAAUAAAAUUUGA